AUCAGGAACAUGGUAGACAUCAGCCGCAGCGCAUGGAGGCGUGCGUGUUUGUAUUUUAAUGUGAUGGCAACGCAAGUGACUGAAGUGAAAUUAAACCACAAGAAGUUCCGCGCACUUCUGAAGAAAACGCGGAGGAAGAAAAUACGCCAGAAAGAAGCCCGAGAACGGGACAGGCUCCGAGCGGAGCAAGAUGCAGCGGCGGAGCGGUCCCCUGGCUUCCAGGAGAGGGCAGCCGAGGAACGCCGGCAGCGGAUGCUUCAGGAAGAGUACGAUGAACGUGAGAGGCAACGUGAGCACCGCCUGUGGCUGGAGCGUGAGGAAGUCGCACAAGAGGAGUUCAGGCGACGCAAGGCCGAGGAAGAAGAGUGCAGCCGCAGGAAGAGGGAGGCGCAGGAGGCCCUCGAGGCUGCCGAGGCCACCCGGAGGAACGGCGUGUCCAAGGAGCACGCUGACAGGGUCAAGAAAGAGGAGUCCCUAAAGGACGCCCUAGCCAAGCUGCCUGAGGGCAAUGCGACGUGGCACAAUCCGCCUGCACCUUCCAACUAUGCGCCCGCGGUGGAGAGGGAGGCCUGCUCUUUCUUUGUCAAGACGGGGGCCUGCCGCUUCGGAGAAAGGUGUUCCCGCAGCCACCCGCGGCCGGUGAGCAGCCGCACCCUGCUGAUGCGCGGCUUCUACGGCCACUUCAGCCUGGAGCAGCAGCGGAGGGACGACUACGACGCGGACGCCCAGCUGGAGACGGACGAGCGGGAGCUGAGGCACCACUUCGACGCCUUUUUCUGGGACGCCCUGCCCGAGCUGCGCAAGGCUGGCACCGUCGUACAGUUCAAGGUGUGCCGCAACCUGGAGCCACACCUGAGGGGAAACGUCUACGUCCAGUACGCCAGCGAGGAGGAGGCCACCCGUGCCCUGGUGAUGUUCAACGGACGCUGGUACGCGGGACGCCAGAUCAGCUGCGAGUUCAGCCCCGUCCAGCGGUGGAAGUCCGCCAUUUGCGGGCUCUUCUUCCGCAACCGGUGCCCCAAGGGGCGCGGCUGCAACUUCCUGCACGUGUUCCGCAACCCCACGGACGAGUUUCGGGAUGCGGACCAGGACCGGGAGUCUCCGCGUUCCCAAAGGCAGCUCCGACACCCCCGCAGUCCCCCGUCCUCCCGGGAACGCGGAUCCACGUCCCACCGGCCGGAUAGUUCCAGAAGGUCCUCGUCGACAAGGGGCUCCCGCAGUCCCCCGAGUCACCGUAGCAGCCGGGAAUCUAGCCGAGAGUCAAGACGAUCCAGCCGAUCCGAGAGAAGCAAGCACUCGGAUUCCCCUGAACGAGAUCGCCGGAGCCACAAGCACAAAAAGCACCAGCACAAGUCCCACAAGUCCCACAAGUCAUCGAAGAAGAAAAAGAAAAGCAGGUCCAAGACUCGCUCCAGGUCUCGCUCAAGACCAAAAACUAGUUCAGACACAAAGUCGGACUUUAGCACCACCUUGGAUGUGGCUGUCAAGCCAGAGACAAUGUCUGACACCGAGACAAAGACGGAGCCAAAGGCAGCAGCCGAGUCAACACCCCCGUUCAUUUCAUCGGGCGAAGAGAGUCCAGGAAUGGGCUCAGCCUCGUGUCGGGAGACUGGGGGCGACGAAGGGAGUUCUACGAAGUUCGAUGAAUAGAAAGUUGAAGGAAUUGUUUUUAGGUGGGUCCUUCCAUCUUGUGAUGUAGGAAACAGUCUGAGAUGGGCAGUGUGGUACCCAGUGAUCCUUGGCUUUGCCUUGAAAGUGACUCCAACUACCUGCUAUAAGUAGCUUGCAGUUUGCAUUCAUGAAGUCUGUGUUGGGAGGCAGAAACUGUUGCAUGAAGCAUGCGCUCAAAAUAAAGCUGGUUUUGCACAUA